AUGGGCCUGAUGGACCUGUCACAGAAGACGUUACUGCAAUUAAUGGAACGUCCGUUAGACUCCAACCUCGACACCCAAUUGGUCAUGGGUCUACAACUACGCUUAGACACACAGCAGCGAGCACACGCACACGCCCACGGCCACACCCACGCACACGUACACGCACAGGGAUACCCACACUCUCAGGCACCCACUGGCCUACUCACGGCCGAACAAGUGGAGGGGCUGUCUGGACAUCUCGCGUCUAUUGCCCUGUCUCAAUGUCAGCCGGCAGGUACACACACACACCCACACGCUCACCCACACCCACACCCACACCCAUAUGGGAGUGUCAAUGGGAGUGCAAGUAUGGGGGGCAAUGCGCAUAUGGCAAUGGUCAUGACAGGGUCGGACGGCGCGAACGGCGGUAUGAAUACCGGGACGAAUACCGGGACGGGCGCGAGUGUGGGUGAGCAUAGAGGGGGUGUGCAGCCGUUGUUCAUCACACACCUCAGCGCUAAUGCACGCGUGACGUUUGCGUAUCUCAAACAUCUGUGGGACCAGGCCACACGCGCCUUCAACGUGGCCACGGAAACCGGCGAUUCAUCUCUAG